AAAGGGCUACGAUUACAGAAAAGGACUAGGGUUUGUUUGCGGUGGAUUCUCGAGAGACAUGGGUUUUGAAAACGACGAUUGGCGAUAUACCGGUCCUUGGGAUUCCGAAGAAGAUGAUGAUUCCGAUUCCGAUUCCGAUGAGAAACCGGUAACGACGAUCGAUGAAAUAGAAAGACUACUCAAUAAUUUGGUACUGGAUACGGAGAAGCUGGUAACCGAUGAGGAUAAAGCCGAAAAGUUCAAGUUUAGGUUCCAUAAGAUACUUAAACAAUUCAAUAAAUUGAAAGAGGGUGAAUCUGGAUCCGAAUCAGAAUCCGAACCCGAAUCCGAACCCGAAUUGGAACAGGAUAAGUAUGAAGAAUACGAAAGGGAACAGGAAAGGGAACUUGAAUUGGUUGAAGAACUCACAAUUGAUGAUUCCAACAAUCCCAAUCCCUUUAGGGUGAAGCGCCCCAUGACUAAGGGUGGCACUCAAUUUCCUUGUGGAGGUUUCUAUGUCAUGUAUGAGCCAGAGUUAACAGGCAAUAAUCCCAGAGCUGUGGAAAAGGCCCUAAACUCUGCCAAUCUUGCAAUUGAUUUUUUCAACAACCAAAACAACACUAAAUACAGCCUAGUGGAUGUGGUGGGAGCAAUCGCGAGUCAUUGCGCGGGUGAGGUAGUCGAAUUGGGAUUUACCGCCAUCCAGCCUGGUGACGUAGAUGCCGCAGAUUUCAAAGCACAGAUUUACUAUGGAAUCGGCAAAACUCAAGUACAAUAUGUUCGUAUUAUCGGUGAUUCAAUGAAAGCUAAUAUGGUUAUGUAAUGUUUAAGUUGUGUUUGUUUUAAUGUAAAUUGAUUUUAAACAACAUUUAUAUUUGCUUUGUGGGUCUUGAAUCUAUUUAUAUUUUGUAAAAUAUUUCAUGCUCGAUGGAGCGAUGCUAAACUUACUUAUGUUUGCGGUUUCCUUGCUAAUACAUAAUAGUUGGUACA